CUAAAUUGUUGUUUAAAUUCCCAAAUAGGAGUAGAUAUAUUUUUAUUCCCAAAUAAGACUCCUAUUCCAAAUUUACCCCUUCUACUUGCAUAAGCUUCUGCGCAUGAACGAGCCUCACUUUUCCACGCACCACUUCUCUGCGCAUUAGCUGUCUUCUUCAACUUGCUCAUCUUCUCCAGUUAAAACCUGCAACAUCGAGUGUCCAGAAGCGGCGAGCAACUGCGGCGACCAUCAGCUAACAACGAAACCAGAGGCGAGCAGAGAAGGCCAAAUUCGAUCCAGAUCUGUUGAUGUAGAAUGAAGCUCGUUGCACUCCCUGUUCUUCAUUCUCCUCCUCCUAUACUGUUUUUCUGUCUGCCCCUCUUUUGUUUUUGUCGCAGCCCGCAUGUCUGAUGCUUCUGAUUUCUUCUUUGCUUGUUUAAAUUGCCAAAUUUACUCUGAAAAUGCCAUCCAAAUGGCAUUCUUAUUCUUCGAAAAUUUCGUGUUUCCUUUCGAAAAUGCCAUUAAAAUGGCAAUUUCAAUUUCAUGUUGCAUUCCGAUAAAGAUGUUGACAAUAGCGACAACGGCGGUCAGAGAUGCAGCGGCGGAGGCCAGAUUUGCAAGGGCAGCAGUCGGCGGAUGGAGGCGGCCAGAUCUAUGGCUCCGACGAUCAGAUCUGCAGCUGCGGAGGCCAGAUCUGCAAUGGCGGAGGCAAGAUCUGCAAUGGUGACCAAUUUUGAGGCCACUACGAUGGCCGGCGAGUGGCAGCGAUCUGACAUUGUGUUUGUGGCACCAUGUUACCAAGGUUCAAGGUCUCUUUGUUCAAGGUCUCUUUGUCCAACUACAAAUAAUGAAUCCUAUUUAGGGAAUUUUUAUACCUUAAUCCUAUUUUGUCAAUUAAAACAUUAUUUACUCUUGGCUCUUGCUAUAUCCACUCGAACAAGCAUCUCAAAUUUUAAGAUAGAGAAUCGGAAUUAGAAAUGGCGAUGCUUUGCUUCGUCUUGGAUCUCCGAUGCAUAUCGACUUCGCUACUUCACGAUCUGAAGCAGUUAUUGUUGCAGUUAGCGAAUUUUCACGCAAUAUCUUCUUCAGCUAGUAAUGGUAGUCCAUCGAAGCCCAAACCACUGCCCGAUCGGAUCGGACUAUGCUACGUUUUCAAAAAUCGCAUAUCAUGCGCCCAUGAGUGGUAAGCAGCUGAAGGUGGCUUAUAGACCGAGAGGCCACUUCAAUCUCCGUGAUUUCCACCGCGCGGUUAACAGUCUUCCUAUUGAUGCUUUCGGUCCAGAUUUCAACAAUUCAUCGUCUUUUUGUGGCGUCGAUAUGAAACUUUCAGAUGUUCUAAGUGAUGAAGUUCUGUAUUCAUGGGGAAGUCAGAAAAAAGAUAUCACAAAAAAAGUUGUGCUGAUAAGCUCUUGUGUACUUGAAAGUCUAGACUCAACAACUAGAAUGGCACUGACGGGUGCAGCAGAGAAGUGUGUUUCUGUAGAGUUUGUGUUCCUGGAGCAAACCUCAAGUCACCUUGCUGAUAUUCCCGAAAGUAUUAACAACUUUUUGAAGGAAAUUGGUGAUCUUGAGAAUUGUAUAUUUGAACACCGAAUUCAAGAUGCACGUGUGUUUUUUGGUUUAGUGAUGAAGUGGUCCCUGGAGUUGAAGGAUGACAUGGAAGAGCCAUUACAGGCUCGUUUUAUCUUCAAGAACAAUCUUGUAGGCUCUUCCAACAAGAUAUUGUGUAAUGUGUCUACACCUGUCAAUCAGAUAAUAGACGAAUUUUCUCCGUGUGAGACUUGCAGGUGUCAUGGCAUGCCCUUAGAUGACUCAAAGAGGAAAGAGACAAAUGUGAAAUAUUAUUGUCCAGUCACUGGGGAUGAACUUGUAAUCCUAAACAUCAUUGAGAACUCCGUAAAGAUUGGAGAAAAUAUAAUCCUGUACUUGCCUUCUUUUCAUCCCUGUCAGGACAUCCCACGAGUUUCUUCACCUGUUGAAUUCAAUGCCAUUAAAAGAACUAGUUUGCAUUCACUUAAUGAAGGAAUCAUUUUUGGUUCUUCAUUUAUCAUCACUCCAGCUUUUCUUGAGUCUGAUGAGACAGAGAAUUCAGAGCUAUACUGUAAAGUUUUUCAAGUGAUGAGUAGCUUAUUAAACUCCCUUGACCAGGGUAUAGUUUGCUCUUCAAAUUACAACAUCGAUACUGCAAGGCAGACUUCCUUCCUGUGCUAUUAUUUACUUUUACCUUCAGAAAGAGGAAUUAUGCUUCUUAGGCGGCUUGCUGGAUCAGAGGAAAUCAUGCCCGUUCCUGAAGUUCUGCCCUUUACGCAUAUGAAGGUAGCAAAUGAUAUUGAAAAUUCUGUUCAAGCGUCUUUGUUUAAGAUGGAAGUAAGUGACUACGAUCCAUUUCAUCAUGAAAGAGGCUUUCAUAAAAAACUGAACACUCUGGUGAAAGAAAGCCUACAAUUUGGGGCAAUGCCUCUCAGAGAUGUAGCAACCGUGUUACACUCCCACCAACAAGACACUCCAGCAGAGGCUUCACAACCAACACAGUCAACCAAGGGGAAAAUGAUAGAAGAAAAUAUAUCAGUUUUGGAUAUAGGUGUUGGAGAGAUAACCAGUGAGCUAAUUGCUGAGGAAUGGGAAAAACUGAUCGUGACCAGGGAACCCAAAAUUUGUUCUCCAUCAUGUCCCCCAAACCCAAAGUUUGAGACAUUGAUUCUGUCUACACCACAAGAAUCUAGACAACUAGACGAGAAAACAUCAAGAAUCCUUGAGAGACUGGAGAUCCCAAAACAACUAAAAAGAAAAACAGCUUCUCCGGUGACAUCAUGCAGUGUUCCCAUGAUUAUGGAUGCAUUUGGGUUCCUUAAGAAGCCACUUGUUCCAUAUGGAUCGUCGGUGGGUCAGGGCAUAAACUCAAGCCAGCCAAUCAAACCCAACUUUCAGAAACACAGGAAGAAGAAAUAACUCAGGUUAACCCCUUUUUUUUUUAAUUCUGAAUCGGCACUUCUUCGUAUAUAGACUAAUACAAUGAAGGGCCUAAAUUGAUCAUAUGUUUUGAUGAUGAUUCAUUUAAUAGAACGAUAGAAAGAUCAUGUGUUCUGUAUCCUCAAAAUGGCAGUGAACAUGGUUAAAAACGCAAAAUCGGGAGUUCGGACACCAAGAAAAUGAUAUGUGGAUAUACAAUAACUACAAAUCAGUCUACUGAAUUAUAUUGGUCGGCCUAUUUGUACCCACCCAUUUGUACCCACCUUUAUACCUACUUUAUACUCGC